CUGAAGGUGGUUCCCUCCGAUGAGGAUGGGAGAGCCUGGCGAGCUGAAACCGGAGCUCCCGCUCAGCUGGGACUUGGGGAGGUCCCUGUAAGAACCGCUGCCCACCGGCCCCCUCGGUCCCUCCCCUACAGUCACUCGGGGCACUGGCCACAGGAACGAUGGAGCUGGGCUGGUGGACGCAGUUGGGGCUCACUUUCCUGCAGCUUUUACUCAUCUCAUCCUUGCCAAGAGAGUACACAGUCAUUAAUGAAGCCUGCCCCGGAGCCGAGUGGAAUAUCAUGUGUCGCGAGUGCUGUGAAUAUGAUCAGAUUGAAUGUGUCUGCCCUGGAAAGAAGGAAGUUGUGGGUUAUACCAUCCCUUGCUGCAGGAAUGAGGACAAUGAGUGUGACUCCUGCCUGAUUCACCCAGGUUGCACCAUCUUUGAAAACUGCAAGACCUGCCGAAACGGCUCAUGGGGAGGCACACUGGACGACUUCUACGUGAAAGGCUUCUACUGUGCGGAGUGCCGGGCGGGCUGGUACGGAGGAGACUGCAUGC